AUGCCGCAGGUCAACGGCCAGCCCGGAGGGGGGUCGGAGCCAGCGGCGGCAGUGGUGGCAGCUGGAGACAAGUGGAAGCCUCCGCAGGGCCCUGAUGCCAUCAAGCUGGAGAAUGGGCAGAGCACAGCCUCGAAGCUGGGGCUGCCCCCCCUGACGCCCGAGCAGCAGGAGGCCCUCCAGAAGGCCAAGAAGUACGCCAUGGAGCAGAGCAUCAAGAGUGUGCUGGUCAAGCAGACCAUCGCCCACCAGCAGCAGCAGCUCACCAACCUACAGAUGGCAGCAGUGACAAUGGGCUUUGGAGAUCCUCUCUCGCCUUUGCAAUCGAUGGCGGCGCAGCGACAGCGGGCCCUGGCCAUCAUGUGCCGCGUCUACGUGGGCUCCAUCUACUACGAACUGGGAGAGGACACCAUCCGCCAGGCCUUUGCGCCCUUUGGCCCCAUCAAGAGCAUCGACAUGUCCUGGGACUCGGUCACCAUGAAGCACAAGGGCUUUGCUUUUGUGGAGUACGAGGUCCCUGAAGCUGCGCAGCUGGCCCUCGAACAGAUGAACUCAGUCAUGCUGGGCGGCAGGAACAUCAAGGUGGGCAGGCCCAGCAACAUCGGGCAGGCCCAGCCCAUCAUCGACCAGCUGGCUGAGGAGGCGCGGGCCUUCAACCGCAUCUAUGUGGCCUCUGUGCACCAGGACCUCUCGGAUGACGACAUUAAGAGCGUGUUCGAGGCCUUUGGCAAGAUCAAGUCGUGCACACUGGCCCGGGACCCCACCACCGGCAAGCACAAGGGCUAUGGCUUCAUCGAGUACGAGAAGGCCCAGUCCUCCCAGGACGCUGUCUCAUCUAUGAACCUCUUUGACCUGGGGGGCCAGUACUUGCGGGUGGGCAAGGCUGUCACCCCCCCCAUGCCCCUGCUCACGCCAGCCACACCAGGAGGCCUCCCACCUGCUGCUGCUGUGGCAGCCGCAGCGGCCACAGCCAAGAUAACUGCACAGGAAGCAGUGGCUGGAGCGGCGGUGCUGGGCACCCUGGCCACACCGGGAUUAGUGUCACCUGCUCUGACUUUGGCCCAGCCCCUGGGUGCUCUGCCUCAGGCUGUCAUGGCUGCCCAGGCCCCUGGCGUCAUCACAGGUGUGACCCCAGCCCGCCCCCCCAUCCCGGUCACCAUCCCCUCUGUGGGGGUAGUGAACCCCAUCCUGGCCAGUCCCCCUGCGCUGGGUCUCCUGGAACCCAAGAAGGAAAAGGAGGAGGACGAGCUCUUCCCCGAGUCCGAGCGGCCCGAGAUGCUGAGCGAGCAGGAGCACAUGAGCAUCUCCGGCAGCAGUGCCCGCCACAUGGUCAUGCAGAAGCUGCUCCGCAAGCAGGAGUCCACAGUGAUGGUCCUUCGCAACAUGGUGGACCCCAAGGACAUUGACGACGACCUGGAGGGGGAGGUCACGGAAGAGUGCGGCAAGUUCGGGGCCGUCAACCGCGUCAUCAUCUACCAAGAGAAGCAGGGCGAGGAGGAGGACGCGGAGAUCAUUGUGAAGAUCUUCGUGGAGUUUUCCAUGGCUGCCGAGACCCACAAGGCCAUCCAGGCCCUCAACGGGCGCUGGUUCGCUGGCCGCAAGGUGGUGGCUGAAGUGUACGACCAAGAGCGUUUUGACAACAGUGACCUCUCGGCGUGACCUCAGCCCCUCCUGGACUUGUGCCCCUGUCUGUCUCCUCUGCGUUUUCUAGAAUACUCUGCCGUGGGCCAAGCUCCCUGUGCCCCACCUGCCUGGGCCCCGGGCAGAUAAAAGUGCAGCUGCUGCUGGUCUGCCUUGUGUGUCUGA